AUGACGUCCGCACUAGCUAACGAUGGCUACGAAGAGAUUUCCGCACAAAAUGUACGAAUGCCAGAAGGUUACGUUGGCAACCUUACGCCUUCCCACCAUGAAAAGCUUCAACAAUUAUGGCAAUCAUUCUUUUCGGUUUGUGAUCGUGCAACGGGUACAAAGUCAAAAGGAAAUGCUGGUGAAGUGACAGAUUGGGGAGUAGAUACUGAUGCAGUCGAAAAGAAGAUGGGCGGUUUCAGUGCAGCAAGAAAUGCUGUAAAGAAUAGCGGAAUCGAUCGUGAUGAUUCUGCAAAAGAUUCAGCACAAAAACGAAUGGAAGAAGGUAAUAUGGAAAAACUUUUAUCAACUUACGGACCUGAAGCUCUUCGAAACACUUUUUGGUCUUUAUGUCAAUCCGAUCAUCCUGAUACGACAAUGUUGCGUUUCUUGCGUGCACGUAAAUGGGAUGUUGAUCGUGCAACUGCAAUGAUGGCAAGCACGUUGAAAUGGCGUUUGGAUACAGGUGUCGAUCAUAUGAGUCAUAAUGGUGACCUCUUCAACGAUAAAGAGAUCCCCAAAUAUAUCGAUCAGCAAGCAACCGGAAAGGUGUAUGCUAUGGGCUGCAACGUUCAUGAGCAACCAGUCUGUUACGUUCACUUUAAGAAACAUUUGAUCUGGGGUCAACCUUCAGCUUCGAUGAAAAAGUUCAUCAUCUGUCAAAUGGAAUCUUGGCGUUUGUUGUUUGUUCCACCAAACGACAAGAUGGUUAUCUUGUUCGACUGCACUGGUUUUGGUCCACAAAGUUUAGACAUGCCAAAUUUCUUGUACGUGCUGCAAUGCUUGCAAUCUUACUUCCCAGAAUGCUUGGCUGUGCUCUACCUGCACAAUGCACCGUGGAUCUUGAAGCAAGCAUGGCAAUUGGUCAAAGGAUUACUCGAUCCAGUAGUACGUUCAAAGGUUGUGUUCACCUCUUCCACUGAAGAUUUGCAAGAAAACAUUCCCGAAGAUCGUUUGUUGGAGUUUGUUGGUGGUGACGUUGAUCAAAAGUUCGUUUGGAAUGAUCCGAAAGAAGGUGAAAAUGAUUCAACUUUGAACGACCGUGAUCGUGAAGCAAGAUGGUCACAACACAUGAAAUUGACCGAAGCAUUUGAAGAAGUCACCCGUAAUUGGAUCUCUGCCACUCAAGGUGGUGAUAAAAAAGUGACACAUGAUUUGAACGAGAAACGCAGAACGUUGGCUAAGCGUUUACGAAUUUCUCAAUUUGAUUAUGAGCCAUUUUGGCGCGGAAAGACUGUUCAUCAUCGUAAUGGUGAUUUAGUCUUGACCAACCCAGGUAUUAUUCAAUGGAGAUAUCAUCUUAAAGAUGGUACAAAAGUACGACAAAUCAUUGGACAACGUCAAUGUAAAAAGACUUUGGUUCGUGAAUUACAAGAAAUCGAAGCAGGUGCAUCGGUCGACUUUGCUGAAAAACAUACGGAAGAAAUGAUUGCACACGGAAGUUGGGGUCAUUGGUCAACCAUGGAUGAUUUACCACCAAAGCCAACAGGUUUCAAGGAUAACAAGCUGAUCUACGAUACCACCGCUCCUGCUUAUCAACAAGUAGAUACCGUCACAGAAGCACCAGCUAAUCCUUCACCAAACCUCAGCACUGGCAGCAAGACAGAGGUAAACCAUGAACAACCGUACGUUGCAAAGACUGCCCCAUCCUCUCGCGUAUUGGAGAAAGAUAAUCGUCGAUCAGAUUUCGUCAAAGUGAGCGAUUACAAAACUGAAAACACGCCCAAUGGUACUGUCAAGAAACCUAAAAAGAAGUUCUUUAGUAAUUUCAAAGGUGUCCUUGCUGCUUAA